AUGCAGAGGGAAGCUGUGGCUAUGGGAACACCAUGGAAAGUGGGUUAUGGCCUUGAGACAGCAGCUCUAAGCACAGCCCUCUUCCAUGGUGGCCUCACUUGUGGAGCCUGCUACGAGAUCAAGUGCCACAACUCUCCAAGGUGGUGCCUCGACAGCACCAUUCGUGUCACGGCCACCAAUCUUUGCCCUCCUGGCCACCGAUCCGUACACAACUGGUGCAACCUGCCCAAUCAGCACUUUGACUUCUCACAGCCCAUGUUCGGCAAAAUCGCCAUCUAUGAGGCGGGUGUUGUCCCCAUCCUAUCCUGCCGAGCACUAUGGGUCAGGUCAGGAGGCAUCAGGUACGAGAUCAAGGGGAAAUUGGAUUGGAUUAUUGUCCUGGUGUCCAAUGCGGGAGAAGCCGGCGAUGUCAAGAAGGUUAAGGUCAAGGGUUCGGGAUCCGAGUGGAUAUCGAUGGCCCAGAACUGGGGCCAGAACUGGCGAUGCUCGGUGCAGUUGGUCGGACAAAACCUGUCAUUUUGAGUUACUACUAGCGAUGGUAAGAUGGUCCAAUCGGAUAAUGUCGCGCCAACCGACUGGAAAUUUGGUCUUACCAAUGAGGGCAAACAAUUUUGACUAAUUACGGAAAGCCUUCGGCACCAAUGCCAUCUAUGAUCUCCUAGCGACUUGAGUCGGAGCAAGCUGUUUAUCGAUUUUCAGAUUGUAACAAGUAAAGGCCCAUCGCGAGAGCAGGCGAAAAGGGUAUGUAGAAUAAUAAAGCAAUCCUUUUUAAUUCGAUCUAUUGAAAGAGUAAUAAGUGAACGGCAUUAUGCAAGGAAAUCCAGAAGCUUUCAUAUUCUACAUAUGGAACACGAACUACAAUUUCUUCUUUUUGCUUUUCAAACACAAACAAGUGUAGAAUUUAUUGAGAUACAAGAAUGUGGUGUAAUGAAAUCAUGUGUCUCCACAGA